AUGUCUAAUAAAUACGAUGACAAACAUAAUUCCGAAUCCAUCAGAGUUUGUGAGUUUCCAUGUACUCCACAAGAAGAGAGACGUAUUGUCACUGAGUUGAUCAGCGAAGCAGAGGCUGAUUUGAAAGAAGGAAACUUGUAUUUCGUUAUAUCAAACAGGUGGUAUACAAGCUGGAAAAGAUUUGUUGGGCUACUAACAGAAGAAAUUCUUAGUAAAGAGCCUUCUGAAGCUAGAAGGCCUGGACCAAUUGACAAUUAUGAUAUUAUUGAAAGCGAAAACAAAGCUAGUGAUCCGCAGCUUCGAAUGAUGCUGGAAGAAGGGGUAGACUAUGCUCUAGUUCCUCAAAAAGUUUGGACUAAACUCGUCGAAUGGUAUAAAGGAGGUCCUCCAAUACAAAGGAAGAUGAUACGCCAAGGGUUUUAUAGUAAGAGCUUUAGUGUGGAGGUUUAUCCACUUUAUCUUAAGUUGAGAGACAGUAGAGACGAAAGCACUACCAUCAUUAGGUUAAGCAAACAGGCUUCUAUAGGUCAACUUUAUGACAUGGUUUGUGUUAUAAGAGGAGUAGCAAAAGAUAAGGCUCGCAUUUGGGGAUACUUCGAAAACAAGAAAAACGUAAUCUUGGAUCCUUCAUCUGCCAAAAGCUUGGAGGAAUCGUGCCUUCAACCAAACCAGAAUAUUCUUCUCGAAGUUGAUGGUUCUACACCUUCUCAAAUUGACAUGAGCUUGGUCAAAAAUAAACUAUCAUUAGUACCUAUAGAGCCUACGAGUUCAGAUGCUAUGGAUAUUGAGCAUGGUGGGGGAACAACAUCAUAUGGUCACUCCAAUGGUUCCAAGUAUAGCCUCUUUGGGAGAAACACUUUGGAAGAUGUUUUUUUCUCUAAUACUUUUAGGGAAAGAGAGAGGAGAGGUUUAAGAGGAUUGCAAAAUUUGGGGAAUACUUGCUUCAUGAAUAGCACUCUUCAAUGUUUGGCGCAUACACCACCUAUUGUUGAGUAUUUUAUGCAAGAUUACAGCUACGACAUAAAUGCCGAAAACCCUUUGGGAAUGCAUGGUGAGCUUGCAAUUGAAUUUGGCAAACUUUUGAGGGGAUUAUGGUCGACUGGAGAUAAUACUAUUGCGCCGGGCGCCUUUAAGACAAAGUUGGCUCGAUUUGCUCCACAAUUUAGUGGUUAUAAUCAGCAUGAUUCUCAAGAAAUGUUGGCUUUCCUAUUGGACGGGCUACAUGAAGACUUGAACAGGGUAAAAAUAAAACCUUAUAUUGAAGCUAAAGAAUCAGAUGGUCAUCAAGAUGAUGAAGUAGCUGAAGAAAUGUGGAAAUAUCACAAGUCUCGAAAUGACUCUGUGAUAGUUGAUGUCUACCAAGGACAAUACAAGUCAACACUGGUCUGUCCAAAUUGUGAAAAAGUCUCACUCACCUUUGAUCCAUUCAUGUACUUGUCUUUGCCGUUGCCAGCAAGUCUCUCUCGAUCGAUGACUGUUACAGUAUUUUAUUGCAAUGGAAGCCGUCUUCCAAUGCCAUACACUGUAACAGUUCCGAGAUAUGGUACUUGUAAAGAUCUAACUAAUGCAUUAGGCAUUGCUUGCUGCUUGAAAAACGACGAAAGCCUUUUACUCGUAGAGGUAUUUGAGCACAAGGUAUUUAAAUAUUUUGAGAAUCCGAUGGAGUUGCUAAGUAAGAUAAAAGGCAAUAACCAAAUUGUCGCAUAUCGGUUCAACCAGAUUCAUAAAGGACCAGGACAAGUCAAACUUGAAAUUAUUCAUGGGGAGCAAGAAAAGUUAGCUUCCUUAUUUGGAACUCCCUUUGUCAUUUAUAUCAACCAAGAACCACUUCUUGGAACUGAAAUUGCUGCAAGCAUUUCUAGAUUGCUAUCUCCCUUAACCCGAGUUCAUAUGCCAUCUAUAUUUCCUAGUGGAAACAAGAAUGGCCACAAUCCAUAUAUUGUAGAUGAAUCAUCCAAAGACGCUAAAAUAGAGGAUAAUGUAGUUGAUGAUAAAGAGUUAUCAUUCAACCUCUUAUUGCUAGAUCACCAUUCUUCCGAUCUCAAGCCGCUUGAGUCUUAUUCCAUUGUGAAUCCUCAUAGUGUUACAAAGGUUUUAGUCAAGUGGAACAAAAAGCAUGAAGAAUAUGAUUCAGACUACUUGAAUGAUUUACCUAUGGUUCAUAAAAGAAAUUUUUUGGCGAAGAUGACAAGGCAAGAGGAAGUAUCUUUGUUUUCAUGUCUAGAAUCAUUUCUAGAAGAAGAGCCAUUAGGACAAGAUAAUAUGUGGUAUUGUCCUGGUUGCAAAGAACAUAGACAAGCGAAUAAGAAGCUAGACUUGUGGAAGUUGCCAGAUGUUCUUGUAUUUCACCUGAAACGGUUCACGUACAAGACACAUUUCAGAAAAAAGAUUGAUACAUUAGUGAAUUUUCCGAUUCACGAUCUGAAUUUAAGCAAGUACGUGAAGAACAAAGACGGUCAAAUAUAUCUUUACAACUUGUAUGCCAUUAUCAAUCAUCAUGGUGGUAUGGGAUAUGGUCACUAUACUGCUUACGUUAAGUUGAUGGAUGAGAACAAAUGGUAUCAUUUUGAUGAUAGUCGUGUUUCAGCCGUGAAUGAAUCCGUGAUCAAGACUUCGGCUGCUUACGUUUUGUUCUAUCAAAGAGUGAAAAGUGUAUUAGAGACAUAA